AUGGCCAUCGAUGAACAGCACAGGCUCUUAUGGUCCUACUCAGAUGUAACCAUUCUCGUUCUCGAAGCCGGAGAUUUACUUCUUGACGAUCCCCGGCCUGGCUGGCCGCGGGUGUCCUUGGGCAAGGUAGUUGGAGGGUCGACCAAACUCAACCAAAUGACCUUCAAUCGGGGAUCUUCAUCUGACUAUGACCGCUGGGUUGAGCUUGGGAAUGAGGGAUGGGGUUGGGAGGCAUUUCUUCCAUACUUUAAGGAGGUACAACGAUCCUCAAUAUCGAACGAUGACAAGAUAGCUCAUGAAAGCAUCCAGAGCGAGUUUUUCAUGCCGCCUAACAAAGAUAUUGCUCAAGAGUACAACAUCACGUUUGAUCCAUCUGUUCACGGCACAUCGGGAUAUUUGCAGUCCAGCUAUUCGCCAUUCUUCUGGCCUACAACGAGUCAGCUACUAUGUAUUUAUAGAAAGGACAUGGUGAACCGAGCUAACUUGUUCUCUCUUGUAGAAAACCUUGUCCAGGCAGUCAAAGAGCUAGGUAUCAACAUGGCCUUCGACCAAGCAGAUGGAAGUCCAUUGGGCGGAUACUUUAACCCUCACAGCCAAGACCCUGUGUAUGUUACACGCUCGUCUGCGCGAGAAGCCUACUAUGAUUCUGCUUCUGGCCGAACGAAUUUCCAUUUAGUCGCUGGUCGACAGGUCACUCGAGUCCUUACCGAGAAACAUCGUGGAACCGUCAAAGCUAUUGGGGUAGAGUUCGCCAAAAGCCGGCAUGGGAUUCAUGAAACAGUGCGAGCGAAAAAAGAGGUUAUUCUCGACGCUGGGUCGAUUCACAGUCCUCAGAUUCUCCAAGUCUCUGGCAUUGGGGAUCCUGCCUUGCUGUCCAGCAUCAACGUUUCAACAGUUGUAGACUUGCCUGGUGUCGGCCAAAACUUUCAAGAUCAUGCCAUGGUCAAAGUGACCAACAAGAUCAAUGCCCCUUUACAGAGGAGUAACCUAACGGAUGCUACAUUCGCCGCAAAGGUUAGAGAGCAGUACGAAGAUUACAGGAAGGGCCCUUUGACGUCACCAUUGGGCGACUUCCUGGUGUUCAUGCCUCUUUCCAACUUCUCCGAUGCCAGCUCCGACAUUUACCAAGCAAUCAACCAAGAUGGCACCGAGUACCUGCUCACAGACACGCCAAAUCAAGUUGUUGAAGGCUGCAAGAGACAGCACAAGAUCCUGAAUGAUCAAUUGCUUGAUUUCAAGUCAGCAAUUCUCGAAGUCAUCUGGGACGAUGGCGAGAUGCUAUUAUGUCUUCAACAUCCUUACUCGCGAGGAUCCAUCAAGUCCAUGUCGCCAAGUACCUUUGAUGCCCCUGUUGCCGACCCAGGACUAAUAAAAAAUCCCUUGGACAUCGCAAUUUUGGCUGAAGGCAUCAUAUUCAGUCGGAGACUUGUCAACGUACCAGCCAUGCAAAAGCUUGAACCCCUUGAAGUUGUCCGUGGAGCCGACGUUACGAGCAAUGAAGCACUCGAGGAAUUCAUCCGUUCAACUGUAUCUAACUUUUAUCACCCGGCUGGGUCUUGCAAAAUGGGCAGUCGCGAAGAAGGCGGCGUUGUUGAUGCAGAGCUCAAAGUCUAUGGAGUGGAAGGCCUCUGA